GGUCACAAUGGCCGGCUGGCGUCAGCGCGGGCUGGGAGCCCGGGCGCCCCGCAGUCUCGCCCACGCCUUGGCUGCCCCACGGCUCGAGUGCAGCGAGAGGUUUCUGGUGGCCCUGGGGAGGCGGGGCCAUGGGCACGCGCGGGCCGCCCGUGCUGGUGGACACCACGCCCGCCAAGACCAUCCUGGUGUACCGCAACGGGGACGCGUUCUUCGUGGGCCGGAGGUUCGUGCUGCCGCGGCGCCGCGUGGCCACCUUCGAGGCGCUGCUGGACCAGCUGACCGAGCGGGUGGAGGCGCCCUUCGGCGUGCGGCGCCUGUUCACGCCGACGCGCGGGCACCCGGUGCUCGAGCUGCAGGCGCUGCAGGCGGGCGGCAAGUACGUGGCGGCCGGCCGCGAGCCCUUCAAGAAGCUCGAUUAUAUUCAUAUAGUUCCCAGAAAACCUGCAAAGAUGAGAAGGUUGAAGGAAAUCAAACCGGUGGUACAUUGUGAUAUGAAUGUGCCUUCCAGGUGGCAAACAUUUCACCGUACAUCCCGGCACGUGAAUGUUUUCACAAAUGGAAGACUAUUUAUCCCACCUGUAAAAAUUAUCAUACCCAAAUUCAGUCUGAUGGAAUGGAAUAGUGUGCUGGCCAUGAUUGGGGAAAAAGUCUUCCCUCUAGGAGGCGUGCGAAAAUUGUUCACCAUGAAUGGGCAUCUCUUAGACAGCUCGAAGGAUCUGCAAGACAACCACUUCUAUGUUGCAGCGGGACUGGAGACCUUCAAGUGUUUCCCUUACUGGAAGUCCGCCAAGGUGCCCAGUGAGGUCCAACAAAAGUAUGCAGACAUCGAGAAAUUCUCACAAAGAAAGAAAAAAGAGGGUUCCAAAGGAGAAGAGCUUCCUAAGCAUGACAACAUUCCCCGUAAGGAGCAGGAUUCUGUUUUUUAUGCCAAAGAGGGAAAGAAGAAAAUGCUGGUGGAACUGUUCAUGCAAAGCGGCUCAGAAGGCGAUGUGUAUAAAGCCCAGACGCCUCACACGGAAACCCAAGGAGCACCGGAAGUCAAAGAGGACAAGGACAUGCAGGUGGAGGUGCCCGUGGACCAGACGCCGGCGGAGAUAGUUAGGGAAGACGAAGAGACACGUGACAGCUCCCCUGAUUUUGAAAGCAACAAGGAAAAAGAAGAUGAAAGUCCUUGUGAAGAUAAUGAAAGAAAGCAUCUCUCAAGAACUUCAGCAAGAAUAAAAAAAUGGUUCCAUUUCCUGAAAAAGAACCAUAUGACAUUCUAGAGGAAAAAAACACACCCGUACCACUAGAAACCCCAGUAGGAAUAGAAGCCCAAAGAGAACCACCAAUGGGACAACAAUCACAAGAAUCAUCAUCGACACAAUCAGAACAACACCCUGAGGAAGAAAAAUUGCCCAAACAGCCAUCUCUGGGACAACCGUCCCAAGAACAGAUACCUGACAAGCAAGAAUCAUUUGAGCAGCCACCUUUGGGACAACCGUCCCGAGAACAGAUACCCGACAAAGAAUCAUUUGAGCAGCCACCUUUGGGACAACCGUCCCGAGAACAGAUACCUGACAAGCAAGAAUCAAUUGAACAACCACCACUGGGACGAAAAGAGAUGGCCCAGGGAGAAAAAAACUAAACAACAAAUACCAUGAAAACAAAAUAUUAGCCACAUUGUUAAGAACAACAGUCAGAAGCUAGAAAGGAUCAUAAGGCAAAUGAAAAUAAAAUUAGGCAUUUUUUUCACAUUAUACAGAAGAGGUA